AUGUCGUCUCUCUUCUCGUGUAUCGGGGGCAAAAAUCCACUGAAGAAAUCCAAAAAGAAGAAAGGAAAAGAGCCAGAAGACAGGAAGAAGAAGCCCGAACCUGUCCCGGAGAAAGAAGAUGGGGCUACACCAAUUGUCGAGGAAAUUAAACCCGAACAGGCGCUACCUGUCGAAAAGUCUCCACUUCAGGUGAACAUAGAAAAUGCCAAGCUUCGGCAGGUUGAGAAAGCCCAGGAAAGUCAUGCCAAGGUGGACGAGCCUGUCAGUCCACUACUCAAGGAGCUCCAUGAGAAGUUCCAACAGAGGAAGGACAAAUCGAAGGUCGGAGCAGACGGCGACCAGAACACGGUCUUACCGGAGGAGGGUUGUCAGGAGAGCAAACCGGACAAUGUCGUUCCGACGGGAGAGGUGGCAAAACAGAACUUGCCAAAGAACUUCGCAAAGAAUGCCAUACCGCCAGCGUCGAGUCAGGACCAUGAACCGGAACUUUGUCUAAUGAGGACGCGCAUUACACAGGUGGAGCGCGAGAAUGAUCGUUUGAAGGUUACAAUAGACGAGCUGAAGAAUGAGGAGCGAAAGAAGAGUACUGAGGCAGAGGAAUCUGCAAAACUCGUGGGGAAAUUACAAGUCGAGGUGGGUGUACUGAAAAAGGAGAAGGAAGAUCUUUUAGUUGAAGUUGAAACUCAGCGUGCUAGAGCAGAAAGUUAUGUCAAUUCUCAAGCUAGGAGCGAUCAUGAGAAUGACUUGGACAAUGCUAAAGGCAGGGAGGAAAUCCUCGAGGCAAUCGGUCAUCUAGACAGGGUGUGCUCAGCGUACGAGCCGGUCGUCGAAAAGGUAGAGAAAAUAGAAGAAGAUUUAGACCGCGAACGUAAGGAUGAAAAGUUAUCAGAAAGACUAGCAGUUGUUGAGGAAAAUCGCGGUAAAAUCAGCGAUGAUGUGAUGGGUUUGCUCAAGAGUCUUCAGGAACUGGAGUGUCGGAUCAUACGCCUCGAGGUCAGUAAGGACGACGAGGAGGCCAUGGAGGCAAUUUCAAUGAAGGUAGUUCAGCGUCUGUCGGUGGCAGAAGAGGACCACUCCAGUUUGACAAGAGAAGUUGGUGCCCUCUCGCAUUCAUAUUCAGACAUGGAACUAAGGCUAACGCAAAUAGAGGAUCAAAAAAAUGCUUUAAGCGUCCAGAUUGAGACGUACACUGCUGAAUCAAUUCAACUGAAACAAACUAUUGAGGACCAGAUGAGAAUGUUGAAAAACAACGAGGAGGCGCUAGCAGAGGCCUCAUCCUUUAGAACGGUGAAAGAACAGGAGUUACAGGAAGCUACAACAAGAUACGAAAAAGCAGCUGCUCAAUUGAAAGAGGAGGAACAGAAGUACUCAAAGCUGGAGACAGACAUGAAGGACAUUCGACAGAAGUAUCAAGAUCUCAUGGAGAGGCUAAUGAAGAUUUUGUAUAGGAGUGUUACAGCCGAUGAGGUGAUAGAAAGGGAUGAUGUGACCCUUGUCACUAUGAAAGUCGACGAAGAUGUCCCUAUCAACAUCUCAGAGAGGUUUCACAAAGAGCUCUACUGCGAUAAGUGGGCAAAUGCUUUCGAAAAAUUAAACACUACCUUCAAAAGGGAUGAAAAAAAGGCUCUUCAAAUUCUCAUGGACUUCUGCACGGAGGUGUACCUUCAUUGUCGCCGUAUAGCUCGCCAGCAGAUAGAUAUGGUCUGGUCACUCCUUUGUAACCCUACUGCGGCCCAGGUCCGUGGGGGCCUCUCUCGUAGGACAUCAACGGCGAAGCUGCCUCCCCCGGACUCCGUGCCUGCUGUAUUACGGGACCUGAUCUCGGAGUACCGCCGAAAACCGAACAAGGAGUUUGUCGACCACCUGUAUGACGAUUUCCUUGGACAGCUGGACUUUGAGAAGUCUCGCCAUUUACGUAACGUGCACGAACGAGAGGUGAACGAGAUUAAGUCGUAUAUCCGGAAAUGUUUGGAGCUGAGCUGGGAAAUGGUGGUACAGCAACCUCCUAUGUACCUUCAGUUCAAAGUCCGACACGGGUCUGAAGCGGACACCACCAAGUUCGACUUUUACUCUCACCCCGGACACAAGACAGAUUAUCUGGUGUGGCCGGCUCUUCUUAGGGAUGAGAACGGACCUCUGCUACAGAAAGGGGUCAUACAAGCGAUUCCAGAUAAACCCUGAAUAUUUCAACCCUCAAACUCAUUUGAUGAUCAGCUCAUUGUAUAAGAAACACUCUUCAUUUCAGGAUCCAGGAUUUCAGGAUGUCCCGCCACAAGACAUGACUAAUAGGCUUCUGGAAACAAGUUCAUUCUAUCCAUCAUAUACAGUAUCUUAAAACCACAUUUUCCCCAUAUUCACGUAGUCCCUGUUUG